AUGAAAAUCAAUUUUUGUUUAUUGAUUGUAAUUGUAUUAAGUGACACGUGUUCGUUUCCAGAAUCUUUCCCCGCGUUGUAUACGUUUGAUAAGGUAUGUUCUUUUGAAAACGAAUUAGAAAUUAAAGGUUCAGUUGUAUUUGAAAUGGUGAACAACUCUUCUUUUAGACCAAAUCAAAAAACAACUGUAAAAGAAUCUGCCCAAUUUAUAAUGAAAUCAAAUUCUUUUAUCGAAGCUAUGUGGGACUUUAAAGUUGAUAAUGGAGGUUAUUUAAAGCUUGAGUCUAAUUCAAAGAUCUAUUCAGAUCGUAUGCUCUUUCUAGGAACCAAUUCUAGAAUUCAUUUAUAUAACAAUUCUGAAAUAUAUAUGGGUGGAUAUUUUUAUAUUUAUUGGAGUGGUUCAGUUGAAUUGUUUGAUAAUUCAGUAAUGCGUGAUGUUGGGUAUAUUUAUGCAUUUGGAGAUUCUUCUAUCAUUUUGAAUGGCAAUUCCCAGUUUAAAACAAAAGCUUUAUGUAAUUUACAAAGUAUUCAAGUUAAAGUAAAUGACAAUUCAUGUUUUUAUACACCAACUUUUUCUCUUUACAAUAAUGGUAUUUUAGUUGUAAAUUCCACUUUCAAGAAAAACAGUUUUGAAGUUGUUGAUUUUUCAAUGGAUGUAGCUUCUGGUCAAAUAAUUGGAAUUUCUUAUAUUAAAGUGUCAUCUAAAACAAAUUUGAAAAAUGUUAUAUUUGAA